AUGUCUUCGAUAGCAACUUCCGGCCCCAUGCACCAUGAUUCGUCACACACAACAAAGAGGAACCCUCUUGAAAAAUCACCCGAUGCUACAGCCCAUCUAUUAGCUGGGGCAUCUGCUGGAUUAAUCUCUGCAAUUACACUACAACCCUUUGAUCUAUUGAAAACAAGAUUGCAACAACAGCAGUUUACAAGCAAACACGAAGUAAGAACGUCGCUAGUCAAGGAAUUGAAAAAAUUGACAAAAGUGAAGGAUUUAUGGCGUGGGACUUUACCAUCGGCACUUCGUACUUCAAUUGGUGCAGGUCUAUACUUUACCACUCUAUCCAAGAUGAGAUCUGCUUGGGCCGCAUACAGAAAGGAGCAUAGUCGUGAUGGAACGGUGGACAUAAAAUCGGAAUCCUCUAUAUUGCCAAAGUUGACACCAAUGGAAAAUUUAACCACUGGUUUCGUUGCAAGAGCUAUAGUUGGAUAUAUAACAAUGCCUAUAACAGUUUUGAAAACGCGAUUCGAAAGUAAUCUAUACAAUUACAACUCAAUGUAUGAAGGAAUACUGGGUGUAUAUUUAGACAAAACCAGUUUGCAACCAGAUGGUCAACCAACACUUCAAAAUCAAGGUUCAAUCAAAAACUUCUUUCGAGGCUCGACUGCGACAUUAAUAAGGGACUGUCCAUAUGCCGGAUUGUACGUUUUGACGUAUGAACUGUUUAAAAAUGAUUUGUUGCCAACAUUGAUACCAAGACAUCUCGGAGGUGAUUAUCAUGCUGGAUUGAUUAACUCCACAGCUGCAGUUUUGGCUGCAACUACUUGUACGACGAUUACUGCCCCAUUUGAUGCUAUUAAGACAAGACUACAAUUAACUGAUGGAGGGUCGAUACGGCAAACCGUGAUGACACUUUUGCGUGAAGAUGGUGGGGUAAAAAAUUUGUUCAGAGGAUUAAGUUUAAGGUUGGGCAGAAAAGGUGUCAGUGCAGGGAUUAGUUGGUUCAUCUAUGAAGAGUUGAUUAAAAGUAACUUUGUCAAGAAGCAUUUUGCAUAG